AUGAGUUCCACUCCUCUGCAUGAGCCAGAGGCGCAGGUCCUUCAGCAGCCCCAUAAUGGUCAACCCCAGCCUGAGCAGUGCCAGGGUGGCGGUCAGGGUGGGCAGGUGGUACCCUCAGGCAGUGUAGCCUCCCGCCCCCCUCAGCCCCACUCAGACCCCCAGGCCUCCAGACGUGUCUGCUUCUAUAAGAGCGGAGACCCCCAGUUCGGAGGCCACCGGAUGGUCAUCAAUGCUAGGACCUUCAAGACCUUCGAUGCCCUCCUGGAUGCCCUGUCUAAGAAGGUCCCCCUGCCAUUCGGGGUCCGCACCAUCACCACCCCCCGUGGCUCCCACCCUGUCCGGGGUCUGGAAGAGCUGCAGGAUGGGGGCUCCUAUGUCUGCUCGGACCAGCGGAAGGUGAAGCCCCUCAACCUGGACAUGGCUAACCGCCGCCAGCCACCCUGGAACACCACCACCCGGCCCGUCAGCGCGGGUCGGAGGGCGCAGCGAGGGAGUCGCGGAGUCCCCGGGGCCAUCAACCGGCCGGCAGACAGCAGGGUCAGGACCCCUAAAAGGCUGAUAGUAUUUAAGAAUAGAGACCCCAGCGUGAGGAGGACUGUAGUUCUGCAGAGAAGAACGGCUCCAACCUACGAUGCUCUACUGGACCACCUAUCAGUCAUCAUGCAGUUCCCUGUACUGAAGCUGUACACACCAGACGGCAGCAGGGUUGAAGGUCUGCCAGCAUUGAUCCUAUGUUCUGGGGUGGUGGUAGCUUCGGGGAACGAACCUUUUAGACCAGGAAACUACGACUUCCUGAGACCGACCCGGCCUGCUGCUGCUCAGUCCUCUAACUCAGACUCUAUAGAACCAUCCAGACUACAGCCUCUAACAGAAAAUAAGACAUCGUUAUCCAGUGGGCGGCGGUCCAGGAACUUCAGCCUGUCAUCAGAGAGAUACUUUGUGAACCAGAUCAACAAGUCUGUGAACGGUAGCUCCUACGGCCAGCCGAGAGAGACCCGGGGAUCUGUAGAUCUGGAGACAGAGCUAAACCAGAGAGAGACCCGGGGAUCUGUAGAUCUGGAGACAGAGACGUAUCAGCUUGUAGAGGACAACGGGAAGACCUCCAUCGUACCGCAGGAUGAUGACAUUGAGAAGUCCUUCAGGGUCAACCAGGAUGGCAGCAUGACCGUCGAGAUGAAGGUCCGUCUGACCAUUAAGGAGGAGGAGAUGAUCCAUUGGACGACCACGUUGAGCCGCUCCAGCAUGGUGACCAAUCAUAAACCAGGAGCCAAGUUGGGCUCCACCCCACAGUCCCCCGACAACAACGUGGAGGCGAAGGACCCUAUCAUUUGUCUCAGCGAGGAUGAGACCAAGGAGAGUAACCACCCCAGCCGCAAUGCAGAGAGGGACGUGGCCUUCAGCGGGACGGACGGGGGAGGGACUGACAGUGGCGGUGGGGGCAGGGCUGGUUCUCUGAAGGCCCACCCCCGUCAGAAGCGGAUGCCAACCCCUGGGCUGAGACAGGUGAAAAAGAAGCAGGCGUCCGUGGAGAGCGUAACCACGGUGACAGAGACAGGUGUCCAGGAGACCAGCCUGGGGACUUUUUCCUACACGGAGCGCAUGGCAGACGGGGAAACCACAGGGGGGUACUGUGUGGUCCGGAAGAGCAGCAGCAGCUCCAGGUUACCCACCAUACCACCUGUCCCCAAGCCCAGGAAAAGUGGCUCGGCUGGGGCCAGCAGGGCCAUCAGGACCAGCUCCCACUCCUCACUCCGGUCCUCUGGAGUAGCAGAGGUGAUGCAGAUUCAGAACAAUGGUAAUGGCAGGGAGAUCACUGAGACCGUCAUGCACAUCUACGAGAGGAGACAGAGCAGCUACGAUAACUACUAUGCCAACGCCCUGGGGCCCGGGUAUGGGACAGGAGGGGAGGGAGGUGGGGGUAAUGCAAGUGAGGCAGGGUAUGGUGGAGGUUGCGGUGGUGGCUCCAACCCCAUGCCGCGGAGUAAACCGGCCUCUUCAGAUUCGGGGCCGUGCUCCUCCGUGGACUUAACCCGAUCAUCCAGUACCAGCGACUCACUGAACCAACAGAGGGAUGAGAUACUCUCUUUGUCUUCUGAACCCACCUCACCUUCUCAGAACGUCACCCUUCCAUUUCAAAAACUACCAGAGACCAUUAGCAACAAACUGUCGUCUUUCCCAGACAACGAAGCUCACGCCGCAUCAGAGUCUCACACAGGGUCAUCUCUUAAAGCGACAGAAUGGCCAGAACCAAAGGAAUUGGAAUGUUCCGAGACAAAGGAAUUGGAAUGUUCAGAGACAAAGGAAUUAGAAUGUUCAGAGACAAAGGAAUUAGAAUGUUCAGAGACAAAGGAAUUAGAAUGUUCAGAGAGAAAGGAAUUAGAAUGUUUAGAGACAAAGGAAUUAGAAUGUUCAGAGACAAAGGAAUUAGAAUGUUCAGAGACAAAGGAAUUAGAAUGUUCAGAGACAAAGGAAUUAGAAUGUUCAGAGACAAAGGAAUUAGAAUGUUCAGAGAGAAAGGAAUUAGAAUGUUUAGAGAGAAAGGAAUUAGAAUGUUCAGAGACAAAGGAAUUAGAAUGUUCAGAGAGAAAGGAAUUAGAAUGUUCAGAGACAAAGGAAUUAGAAUGUUCAGAGAGAAAGGAACUGGAAUGUUCCAAGACAGUAGCGAAAGAAGAGGAGGAGGUUGAGGAGGAUGCUCUUGAAGAGAACAACAAGAAGAGGACAGUGAAGCGGAAAGGGAAGCAGAUGAGUCCAACGUCCACUACGAGCUCAAAGAGCAGACAGAAGGACAGCGUGGCAGGGUCUUUUCGGAGCAACAAAAAUACAUUUUCUCCUGCCAGCACAGAGAAGAAGAGCGGCAGUGCAACAGGAAGUGAAAAAGUUCGAAGCGCCACAGAGAGUGACAGCCAAGUCAGCCAGAGGAGUAGAGAGAAGGUAGAGAAGAAUAUAAAUUAUAUUCCUGUGAAGAACGGGCCCUUGGCGUUAAACAUGGACUUGAAAGAUUCUAAAAAACGAGGGUUAGCUUCUGAAAAACAGCUGAAUAUGGGUGAGAAGGUUGGAAGAGGGCAAAGAUCCCAGAAGGUCAACACCACUAAGUCUUCAAGGCAGAAGACACAGCCGAGGAAGAACAUGUUUUAUGUUUCCCCAGCCAGACAGACUGACAUCGGACAGACAGAUAUACAUACAGACACCGGACAGACAGACAGACAAACAGACAAUAAACAGAUAGUGAGACAGACGGGUCGAAAGAUGGCCAGCCAGCCAACCAGAAAGACCUUGGCUAAGCAGAGGUCCAUGUCUAAUGAGGACAGAACCAAAUCCCCUAAACAGACUCUACUGAGUGAGAGCUUCUCCAUGCCUGUCUUACACCCCCCUCUAGCCCCUUCUGGGGUACACCAGUACGUAGAGAACUGGCUGCAGAACAUCGCCCCCGAAUCCAUCCCCUAUGUCCCCUAUAGGGAGGAGGGAGGCCAGGACACAGAAGAGACUGAACCCAGGAGCAAGGUGUGUUUGUGUAUUGGAGGGGUUUGGGUAAACAUGGAGGAGGAAGGCCAGGACACUGGGGAGGCUGAACCCAGGACGAAGGUGAUCUUCCAGAUAGGAGCCGACUCAGAUGUCGAGUCAGAAGUGAAGAGUGGUUACCCAGAGGAUCAACAUCUGCCCCAGGGGGGAGACCACCUCUCAGUGGGAGGCAUGUCCAUGUCCUGCCUGUCUGUCCCUGUCAGCCACGCCGAGGCUCAGGUCGACCUCUCUAACCCUCAGUGGACCAGGAAACUGUGCUCCUCUAUGCCCAGUGUCAGGAUCGACCCGGUGGAACAGCAGAGCAGGCUCGGUCUCCUCCAUCGCUCAUCGUCCUUUGUCCCUCGUCCUGUAGAGCACAGCGAGUCUUCCUCCUCCAUCCACCACCUCCUUAUCCCCAAGGCCACUCUCACACCGAUCCUCCGUCAGCUCUGCUCCUCCAUCCAGUGCAUCAGACAGGCCUCCCAGCCUCCUGCCAGCCUGGAGAAAUCACACAGCAUGCCCGACUUCUCCUCUCAGGUGGCGUCGGUGUUCGGCACUUCCUCAAAGGGGCUGAUGUCCUUCCUGUCGGUGACCACCCUGAAGGACACCCUGUCGUCAGCCCUGGGAGGAGGAGGAGGAGGAGGGAACUCUAACAGCGGCUCAGAGGCCCUCCUGGUGAUGCAGUCGCUCCAGAAGAUCUCCACCAUGGAGGACGAGGAACAGCAGAGAGCCAGUCUGGCCAGCCUGCAGAGCCGGACCUCUGAUCAGCUGAAGGACAGCUGGAGAGACUUCCAGGAAAUGAGCAGUGAAAUGGGAGACAGGGAAAGUCCUCCUCUGUCUCCCAGCACCAACCAGGAGUUUGCCCUGGAUGUGGUGUCUGAGGCGGGAGACGACAACGGAGGACGGUUGGAUAUCGAGGAGCUCAUGGAGGAACUUAACAUGCCCCAGGAACUCAGAGAUGAGGUGUCGUCGUUGGUGGAGGGAGAGAGAACAGUGCAAUACGCCAUGAGGUCUCCAAUGUUAGGUGGCAGCGAAAGUGAUAUGUCUUAUGCUGUUGACACCGAGGUAGACAAAAUAGAGUCUGGUGAGGUUGAGGAACUAGAAGUGUUUGAGGAAGAUGUGAAGAAGAUACCUGAUAACUGGCCUGGGCCUGAAGCUUCUCAACCCAGACCUUCAGCUGAAGAGGAGGAGGAGGAGGGGAAGCAGGAGGGAGAGGAAGAUGAGGAGGAGCAGAAGGAGGAGGAGCAGGAGGGGGAGGGUUUGGUUGCUAGAGAGAGAAGAGACUUCCCUGAAACAGAAACAACAGCCAUUCACUCUGAGGAGGUCAACACUGCUGCAGAUCGGACACAAGAUGUUAAUACAGCCAUAGAAUCAGGCAUGAGGGAAUCAAAGUUGAUGAAGUCCGUAAAGUCAGAACCAACACUACAGUCUGAUAUACUUUUAGAUCCUGGCAGGAGGGAGUCAACAGAAACAAAGUCAUUACAGUCACUGAAGUCAUUGCUAUCAGUACGGUCACUGAGGUCAGUAAAGUCAUUACAGUCACUGAAGUCAUUGGAGACUGAUGAUGGUGUACUAAUUGAGCCUGGAACAGAAAGAGAAUCAGGGAAGUCCAAGUCAAUGCAGUCAAUUAACUCAGAAAUGUCAUUGAAGUCAGUGAAGUCAGAGCCUGAUAUUGGUGGACUAUCAGACCCUGACAGGAUGGAGUCAAAAGAGAGGGAGUCAAUGAAGUCAUUGCUUUCAGUACAGUCAUUGAAGUCAGUACAGUCAUUGAAGUCAGUACAGUCAUUGAAAUCAGUACAGUCAUUUAAGUCAGUAAAGUCAUUGAAAUCAUUAAAGACAUCCCAAGAUGUUAGUUCAUUAAUAGAAUCAGGCAUGAGGGAGUCAAAGUCAAUGUCAAUGCUGUCAAUGAAGUCUAUUCAGUCAUUGAAAUCAGUAAAGUCAGAGAAUUCAAUUACAACAGUAAAGUCAGUGCAGUCAUUGAAAUCAGUACAAUCGUUGGUGUCAGUGCAGUCACUGAAAUCACCAGCAGAGGUAGAGUCUGAAGUAUCAGUUUCAUUGAAGUCAGUGAAGUCAGCUCAGUCAUUGAACUCAGUGAAGUCAGCUCAGUCAUUGAAGUCAGUGAAGUCAGCUCAGUCAUUGAAGUCAGUGAAGUCAGCUCAGUCAUUGAAGUCAGUGAAGUCAGCUCAGUCAUUGAACUCAGUGAAGUCAGCUCAGUCAUUGAACUCAGUGAAGUCAGCUCAGUCAGUGAAGUCAGCUCAGUCAGCUCAGUCAGCUCAGUCAGCUCAGUCAGCUCAGUCAGCUCAGUCAGUGAAGUCAGUGAAGUCAGUGAAGUCAGCUCAGUCAUUGAAGUCAGCUCAGUCAGCUCAGUCAGUGAAGUCAGUGAAGUCAUUGAAGUCAGUAAGCUCAGCUCAGUCAGCUUCUGAAGUAUGUAGUCCAGCUGGUUCUGUUCAUGAGAAAGAUGUGGAGGAAGGAUAUGACGCUGAGGUGGAGGAUGAGAAAGAAGAGGUGGAGGAGGAGGAGGAGGAGGAGGUCGAUGAUGAGAAUAAAGAGGUGGUGGAGGAUGAGAAAGAAGAGGUGGAGGAGGUGGAGGAUGAGAAAGAAGAGGUGGAGGAGGUGGAGGAUGAGAAAGAAGAGGUGGAGGAGGUGGAGGAGGUGGAGGAGGUGGAGGAUGAGAAAGAAGAGGUGGAGGAGGAGGUGGAGGAUGAGAAAGAAGAGGUGGAGGAUGAGAAAGAAGAGGUGGAGGAGGUGGAGGAUGAGAAAGAAGAGGUGGAGGAGGUGGAGGAUGAGAAAGAAGAGGUGGAGGAAGAUGAGGAGGUGGAUGAUGAGAAAGAAGAGGUGGAGGAUGAGAAAGAAGAGGUGGAGGAGGUGGAUGAUGAGAAAGAAGAGGUGGAGGAGGAGGAGGAGGAGGAGGUGGAGGAGGAGAAAGAAGAGGAGGAGGAGGUGGAGGAGGAGGAUGAAAAGGCACAGAAUGGAGAAGAGGGAGAUAAUGAGGAAGAGGAGGAGAAAGAUGAGGAGUUGGUUGAAGAGGAGGAAGUGGAGGAGGAGGUUAAGGAUAUGGAGGGAGAUAAUGAGGGGGAGGAGGAAAGGGUGGAGGAGGAGACAGAGGAGGAGGAGGGUGAGGAAGUUGAGAGGCAGAGGAAGGAGUUAGCAGAAAAGGAAGAGGAGGGAGAAAGUGAAGAAGAUGAGGAGGAGAAGGAGGAGAGAGAAGAGGUGGGGGAAGAGGAGAAGGGCGGAGUGGUGGAGAGUGAGGACAAGAGAUCUGAAUCAGACUUUGAAGAGGGCAGGAGUGUUGAUAGUCAACCAUCCUCAGAUAACAAAGUCUGUUCCAGUGGCAGGAUGUUAGAUGAAGUCUGUUAUAUAGAAGAACGGGGUUCAGAAGAGGAGGAAGAGGAGAAGGAGGACCAGGGCAGCUGUGAAGAACAGAAUUAUGAUGAGGGGGAGCAGGUGGAGGAAGAGAAGGUAGCAGAGGUUGGGUCGGAAGUAUCAAUGUCAAGGAAGUUCAUUAAGUCUUUAAUGUCAGAGAAAUCAGUGAAGUCAGAGAAAACUGUAAUGUCUGAGGAAUCUGUAAUGUCUGAGAAAUCUGUAAUGUCAGAGGAAUCUGUAAUGUCUGAGGAAUUAGAGAUAGAGUCUAAAACACCAGAGCAGGGAGGAAGGGAGUCAAUGAAAUCAAUGUCAAUGAAAUCAGUGAAAUCAGAAAAGUCAAAAAAGUCAGUAAUAACAUAUAAAUCAGAGAAAUCCAUGAAAUCUGUCAAUUCAGAUAAGUCAAUGACUUCAAGGCAAUCUUCAGAUCAAUCUGUAAAGUCAGAUCAGUCUGUAAAGUCAGAUCAGUUUGUAAAGUCAGAUCAGUCUGUAAAGUCAGAUCAAUCUGAGAUAGAGUGUAAGGUCUCAGAACACGAGGAGGUUGACGCAGUGUCCAACAACUCCUCCUCUAGAGCCAUAAACCUCUGUGGUGUCAAUGAUCAGGGUCUAGACACCUCCAAUGAACUAAAGACUGACGAAGGAGAGGAAGAGGAGGAUGAGGAAGAAGAGGUCAGAGGUAAAGACUGCUCCCAUCCUGUGGAGAUAUCUCAGGAGCUUCUAGACUUCGUCAACACUGCUCUGAAGUCUUCCUCCCUGAUGUUCACCUACGACCCUAAGGGUAACCUGCGGAUCGAGCCGGAGGGGGCAACCAGGGUUGUCCAUACCAAACAGAUGGUUAUAUUUAAUGGAAUCGUCGACAGCCAGUACGGCCUGAAGAGACUGCCCAGCCCCAACACCUCUGACCUGUCUGACUACAGACCUGAGACAUCCAGCAGCGGAGGGUACAAGACCCAGGGGUCAGUGGACAUGUCAACGGAGAGCGGAGACGAAGACAAGGAAGAGGCAGGGAGACACUCGCCAGGCUUUCGACGUAUCAGACAGACUAGUGACAAGCAGAGUAAAGCAGGUACCACCUCUCUGGAGCUCUGGGCCUCUAAACCCUCGUCAGAAAUGAAAGCAGAUCAGUUAAGGAGCCCUGAGAGUCUUGAAGGGAAGAGGCCCACAGAGAGCUUUGAGUCUUGUGACUCUGGGGCUAAAGUCUGUGGGGAGAGCCUGUCGUACGUCAGCGGGUCCAGCUCAGUGAAGACAGAACCAGGACCAGAGCUGGUCAGGAUGAUCGAUCAGGGGCGCUGGCUGUUUAAGGAGGGGGACUCUCCUGAAGGGGUGGGAGGAGCGUGGCAGAGCGCAGCAGACUCUAAGAGCCUCCCUGACUCUAGUGAGGGUGUUCUGAUUGACCAGGGGCGUUGGCUUCUUAAGGAGAAUCACCUAAUCAGGAAGUCUCCCCCGGUUCCCAUGGGGAUGUACGGUAACCUUGACAACACAUCCGUGGACACGACCCUCAGUGAGGAGGCUCCAGCCUACGACCACAACUCCUCUCACCACUCCUCCUCCUCCCUCCACCAUCACCACCACAUCAACCCCUUGUCUGUCCUCUCCUCUUCCGAGCUAGAGGAGCUGGCCCGACCUCUGACCCCUAAGUGCACCUAUUACAACAUGUCCCACAGCAGCGACUCAGACCCCUUCCUUGACGAUCUCAGCCUCAACGGGACCGGGGCGAGGGAGAGGUCAGAGGGCAGGUCUAAGAGGGAGACAGCUGUGGACACAUCCCGGACCUGGGCGAGGCAAAACGGUAGCAUGUCAUCGUUCACCUCGGUGGAGUUCAGGAUGCGGGACGGCAGGGUGCAUCCGGAGGCGGGUCAUCCGGAGGCGGGGCAUCUGGAGGCGGGGCUGGGUGGGUCAGAGGCUGCUGUAGAGCAGAGCUCCAGGACUGCAUUGGGCAUGUCUGGACGGAGCAGGGCUAUGCAGGAUAACAGAAGGAAUCAUAUAGGAGCGGUUACACAGGUGGAACUCCACCUCACUCCAUCCGAGUGGUCGUUUAGCCUCACCAUCAGCCAGCUCCACCUCACUCCAUCCAAGUGGUCGUUUAGCCUCACCGUCAGCCAGCUCCACCUCACUCCAUCCAAGUGGUCGUUUAGCCUCACCGUCAGCCAGCUCCACCUCACUCCAUCCAAGUGGUCGUUUAGCCUCACCAUCAGCCAGCUCCACCUCACUCCAUCCAAGUGGUCGUUUAGCCUCACCGUCAGCCAGCUCCACCUCACUCCAUCCGAGUGGUCGUUUAGCCUCACCGUCAGCCAGCUCCACCUCACUCCAUCCGAGUGGUCGUUUAGCCUCACCGUCAGCCAGCUCCACCUCACUCCAUCCGAGUGGUCGUUUAGCCUCACCAUCAGCCAGCUCCACCUCACUCCGUCCAAGUGGUCGUUUAGCCUCACCGUCAGCCAGCUCCACCUCACUCCAUCCAAGUGGUCGUUUAGCCUCACCGUCAGCCAGCUCCACCUCACUCCAUCCAAGUGGUCGUUUAGCCUCACCGUCAGCCAGCUCCACCUCACUCCAUCCAAGUGGUCGUUUAGCCUCACCAUCAGCCAGCUCCACCUCACUCCAUCCAAGUGGUCGUUUAGCCUCACCAUCAGCCAGCUCCACCUCACUCCAUCCAAGUGGUCGUUUAGCCUCACCGUCAGCCAGCUCCACCUCACUCCAUCCAAGUGGUCGUUUAGCCUCACCGUCAGCCAGCUCCACCUCACUCCAUCCAAGUGGUCGUUUAGCCUCACCGUCAGCCAGCUCCACCUCACUCCAUCCAAGUGGUCGUUUAGCCUCACCAUCAGCCAGCUCCACCUCACUCCAUCCAAGUGGUCGUUUAGCCUCACCAUCAGCCAGCUGCACCUCACUCCAUCCAAGUGGUCGUUUAGCCUCACCGUCAGCCAGCUCCACCUCACUCCAUCCAAGUGGUCGUUUAGCCUCACCAUCAGCCAGCUCCACCUCACUCCAUCCAAGUGGUCGUUUAGCCUCACCGUCAGCCAGCUCCACCUCACUCCAUCCAAGUGGUCGUUUAGCCUCACCGUCAGCCAGCUCCACCUCACUCCAUCCAAGUGGUCGUUUAGCCUCACCAUCAGCCAGCUCCACCUCACUCCAUCCAAGUGGUCGUUUAGCCUCACCAUCAGCCAGCUCCACCUCACUCCAUCCAAGUGGUCAUUUAGCCUCACCGUCAGCCAGAUAGAGUGGACCUUCUGUCCACGGCUUCAAGUUGUAUUGUGGACUUUUAACCUCCUCCCACAGUUUCUCAUUGAGCAGUGGGUAGGAUGA